GGGAGUUGGGGGUGAGGGGAGUGGGGAAGGCCCUGUUUACCCGGCUUUGUGUGUGUGUGUGUGUGUGUGAGAGACCCGGGGUGGGCUCUCUGCCUCUUGUGUUUGUCUUGUGUCAAUUCCACACACAUAACCCCCCACCCCUACACCUCCCUCCUCUCCAUUCUCCCCGGCUGCUGUUUCCCCCCGCCCCCGAGGUGAGCUGGUGACUCGGCUCGGUCGAGAGGGGACAUGUCCUCGCCCACCGUCACGUCGCCGGUGGAGAAAGUAGACGGAUUUUCUCGGAAGUCCGUACGCAAGUCCAAGCAGAAGCGCUCGCACAGUUCCUUGCAGUACAGGAUCCAGGGCAAAGCCGUCGACUUGACCCCCCUGCCUCUGCUGAAGGACGUUUCCACGACUGAAAAGGCAUUGCUCUUCCAGAAGAAAUUGCAACAGUGUUGCGUUGUAUUUGACUUCAUGGAUUCACUAUCAGAUCUUAAAAUGAAGGAGUACAAGCGUUCUACCCUUAAUGAACUGGUGGACUUUGUUGCGGUGGGUCGAGGAGUCUUGACAGAACAGACAUACCCUGAAGUAGUUAAAAUGGUUUCUUUCAAUAUAUUUAGGACGCUUCCACCUUCAGAAUCUUCAGAGUUUGAUCCAGAAGAAGAUGAACCAAUGCUUGAAGCAUCCUGGCCUCAUUUACAGCUUGUAUAUGAGUUCUUCAUUCGGUUUUUGGAGAGUCAAGAAUUCCAACCGAGUAUUGCCAAAAAAUAUGUAGAUCAGAAAUUUGUAUUGCAGCUUUUAGAAUUAUUCAACAGUGAAGAUCCCCGAGAGCGAGACUACCUGAAGACUGUUUUACACAGAAUUUAUGGGAAGUUUCUUGGACUUAGAGCGUUUAUCCGGAAGCAAAUUAACAAUAUUUUUCUACAAUUUAUUUAUGAAACAGAACGUUUUAAUGGUGUAGCAGAACUUCUGGAAAUAUUAGGAAGUAUAAUAAAUGGGUUUGCAUUGCCCCUGAAAGCUGAACACAAACAAUUUCUGGUUAAGGUUCUGCUUCCUUUGCAUACUGUGAGGAGUUUAUCACUUUUCCAUGCACAGUUGGCGUAUUGCAUAGUACAGUUUCUAGAAAAAGAUCCAACAUUAACUGAAUCGGUCGUCAGGGGUUUACUAAAGUUUUGGCCAAAAACCUGCAGUCAAAAAGAGGUUAUGUUCCUUGGAGAGUUGGAAGAAAUCUUGGAUGUUAUUGAACCUGCCCAAUUUGUAAAAAUCCAGGACCCACUCUUCAAACAAAUCUCCAGAUGUGUUUCCAGCCCUCAUUUCCAGGUUGCUGAAAGGGCGCUUUAUUACUGGAACAAUGAAUACAUUAUGAGUCUCAUAGAAGAGAACUCUGCAGUCAUUUUGCCCAUCAUGUUUCCCAGCCUUUACAGAAUCUCUAAAGAGCAUUGGAAUCCGGCAAUUGUAGCUUUGGUCUACAAUGUACUGAAGGCUUUUAUGGAAAUGAACGGCCCAUUAUUUGAUGAGCUCACAGCAACCUACAAGUCGGAUCGCCAAAAAGAAAAGAAAAAGGAAAAGGAGCGGGAAGAACUUUGGAAAAAGUUGAGGGCACUUGAAAUAAAGAAAGGUGCGAUAACUGAGACAUCACCUCAAUGAAGAAGUUUGGUGCUAGUGUUCCCAUGAUAUAAUUUAUGUAGUAAGAGGUGGAGCAACAGUUUUCUGUAUUGUGCUACUUACUAGAUUUUGCAUCUGUUUCAUAUCAACGACAGUCAGUUCUGUAACAGUAUUGUAUAUAACUUUUCUCUUCACGUUGAAAUGGUUUGUCAAAAAGAAGGGCGUCCGCACGAAACAUGUACAAUUAUUGGAUGUUUUGAGAGCUCAUUGUUCUAACUCUCUUCAAAAAGAGAAAAAAAGUCUAGCAUCCAUGUGCGUGGUACAGAAACUCCAAAGAAGAUAGCUAUAUCAGGAUACCUGAUUCGAGUGUUCCCUACUUAUUGGUGGCAGACUACAAGCAAAUAUAUUUUAGACCGAAGGCUGUGCUCCUGCUUGAACCUGAGACGACUUUUGCAUUUUAAUUUAUACUUAAGGUGAAGUUAUUUCUUACAAGCUGCGGAAGUUUUAUUUUUACUUUGGUUUGAAACCUAUUUGGUGUUACAAUACCUCUUAUACACAGCACACUGGUUGUGUAAGGGUUAGUGUCCAUAUGCAUCAAGAUGCAAUUGAUACCUUUUUAUACUGAUGGAACUGUAUUAAAGUGCAUGCCUGGCAUAUGCACCAGCAGUAGUGUAUAUUAGAGAAAGUAUCUGUUCAAGAUACAUAAAUUGUUUUAAUGGGAUACAAACCUGAGUAAGCAGGAAAUCUCCAAUAACUAACCAUGUCUAAGUUGGUUGUACAAGAUGUUUGUUUGCAAUAUAAGCUACAUAACCUUUUUAUUGUUUUCACAUUUACACCAUGCAAAUAUUUCAUAUAGAAAACUUAACUUGAAGGUUCCUAUAGAAAUGAGGACCCUUCUUAACACCAUGCACAGAAUUUAAUUAAAAGUGCAUCAGACAUUGAGAGCACGAAAUUCGUGCAUGUCGUGUGGCACGACUUAAGGCUAAUAUUGCUAGGAUUCUGUAUAUUUAAUACGUGGGGUCAUCCAUGCCAUGCAUACUGCAGCAUUCUUAAUAAACCAGUAGGGAAAUAAGCCAUAAUAUUUUGUGGCAUAAAAUGCACUGUAUUGAUCCAGUUGGAUUGUUCACUACCAGUGUUAUAUUGCCCCAUGUUACAUCACUCUAUUGAUAAAGCAGUCUUUAUCCCACCAGGUGUGGGAGGAUGUAACUUCUUUUCAAAAAAACUUUUUUUGUAGUUUUUAAUUUUACUGCAGCUCAGACAUGCUCAUCAUCCUGCACUGUUCUUAACCUUUUUUAAAAAAGAAAACUCGCGCCAGACUUCAUAUAGCCAUUAAAUGAUCAUUAAGUUUCACAGGUUGUCCUUGAUCCUUUUGUUCAUUACUGCAAAAGUGUUGGGAUAUCAGAAUGGAAUCUAACCAAAUGCUGUUUCUUUCAAAUUAGAUAGUAAACACAGCAAAAUUUGAUUUCUUUCAGUUUGAAGAAAGGGCUAAGUGGGCCAAACAAAAUACUGCCUCAUUAAGAAACAUGUGAUAUUGAAUAAUCACCACUUGGUUCAAGUACAGAUACAAGAUAUUUGCACUUAACUAGAAUUGGUUACUAUACAAUGGAUGCUGUACCUUAGAUAUGCACCAGUGAAGGUGUUAAAUAACACAAAAAUUGAUGUGUGUAUGCUCCAUGGAAAUGUUUGUUUUUUUUUGUGGGGGGGAAUAAGCUAAAAUAAAAUAUGAUAAGCAGAAAUGAGAUAUUUCAGAUGAGCAGGGCUUGAAAGAAAUGUAUUACAACCUUUUUAUAAAGGUUGACCAGUAAAACAAGUUAAGACUGUCUUAAAGACUCCACUGUACUUUUCAUAAGUACCAAGUGUUGAAUGCAAUGAUGCAUUCCAGUCAGUAACCUCCUUUGUUUAAACAACCUAAGUGUUGCUGACUGAGCACAUUGAUAGUAUAUAUGGUGGGUUUUGCACCAAUGCAAAGCAGUUGCUGUAUUUCAUGACAGAUUACUGUGAACACCUUCAGUUCAUUUUUGACCACAUACUGUAAAUAGGCUGUAAUCAGAUGCUCAUGUAUUGACUGAGGAGUUUUAAAAUAUAAAUCUUAAAUAUAAAAUAUCAAAUGAA